AAUGAAGUUUCGUAUGUGAUUUACAAAGAUAUAAAAUCAACGACCAGUAUUCUGUAAUUUAAACGCUUUAAGCUCAAUGAUUCAGACCUGCUCUCAUUUCGGAUCGUAUAUAUAGCUUUUACAAACAGUAUUGACUCAUAAAACGUACAAAAUACGAUUCACAGGUUGAGCUAAAUCUUAACCUUAUAUCAGACGGUGCAUAUAGAUUGUGGUUUGUAGCUGUACCGGAUAAUCAUUGUGUUGUGAGAAAAAACAAAUAAUUAAUCAUAGUUUAGUAUCCCUGUAACUUGAGAGAUGACAUGUUAUUGAGACAAGGUGACAUUUAGAUGAACAGUAGUCUGGAAAACAGCUAUCGUAUAUAUCAACAACAGCAACAGCAACAUCAGAAACAACAACAACAUCAACAACAGCAGCAGCAGCACCAACUAUGGCGUCAGAGGAGGAACGGAAGCCGCUUCUAGCGCGAGAAGAGGGGGCCGUUAGAGCUGACAAGGGUGGAGAUGGGGAGAAGAAGGAUGAAGACAUACCCCCUGCCACGAUGGGCCAGCUGUUUCGGACCGCCGACUGCCUGGACGUGACAUUUAUGCUCCUGGGUGGUCUCGCAUCAAUCGUUCAUGGAGCAGGAUGGCCUAUGCUUUUCCUUUUCUUCGGAGGCAUGACAGACACCUUUAUUUCCGGUCCAAGUGGUAAUCCGAAUGUGACAAUUGGCAACAAGACAAACGACGAGUUAAAGGAUGAAUUUAACGACAAGAUGACGGAAUACUCCCUCUACUAUGUUUACAUAGGAGCUGCAGUCUUCGUGGCUUCAUAUAUACAGAACAGUAUGUGGGCAAUAUCCUGUGAGCGGCAGACUCACCGGAUCCGGAAACAGUUUUUCCGCGCUAUCUUGCGACAGGAAGUGGCGUGGUUUGAUGUCCAUCAGAGCGGGGAGCUCACUACCAGACUUGCCGACGACCUUGAACGGGUACGCGAGGGCAUGGGAGAUAAAGUAAGCUUCACACUUCAAUUCCUGGCUCAGUUCCUAGCUGGCUAUGUGAUUGGUUUCAUCAAGGGAUGGAAGCUGGCCUUGGUUCUCUUGUCCCUUAGUCCACUCCUCGUCGUGAGCUCGGCAUUCAUGGGCAAGCUGAUGGUAAGCUUCUCAAAACGGGAACAGGAUGCAUACGCAGCCGCCGGAAGUGUCGCUGAGGAAGUUCUAUCUUGUAUACGCACCGUCACUUCUUUUAACGGGCAGCGACAGGACAUUGACAGAUACAAUAGAGCCUUGGAGAAGUCGAAGGCGAUCGGUACCAAGAAAUCGUGGAUUUCCGGUUUGGGAAUGGGCUUCGUCUAUUUCACCAUGUUUUCGGCCUACGCACUUGCCUUCUGGUUCGGGAACGAGCAAGUGAAGGAUUGGUAUGAUAGCAAUUUCGAGGGAGGCAUGACACCCGGAACCGUGCUUACGGUUUUCUUUGCCGUACUGAUAGGAACAUUUUCUAUCGGAAAUAUUGCACCUCACGCGCAAGCCAUCGCAACAGCGAAGGGAGCCGCUGGUAAAGUCAUACACAUUAUUGACAAUAAACCAAAGAUCGAUGCAAGCUCUCCGAUUGGUCAACCGGUUGCGAGGGUAACGGGUCACAUAGAAUUUGAGAAUGUCAAUUUCACCUACCCUACACGAAAAGACGUCCCCGUGUUGAAAGGUUUAAAUCUGAGAGUGGAGCCAGGACAGACAGUCGCCCUUGUAGGACCUAGCGGGUGUGGAAAAUCUACCGUCAUCAACCUGAUUCAGCGCUUCUAUGACCCCGAUCAAGGACGGGUGUUAGUUGACGGACAAGACAUCCGUUCCCUUCAAGUAGCUGGGCUGAGGCGAAACAUUGGCGUCGUAUCCCAGGAGCCCAUAUUGUUUGGGCUCACCAUCAGAGAGAACAUACUCCUCGGGCGCCCAGACGCCCGCACACAGGAGAUUGAAGCGGCCGCCAGCAUGGCCAACUGUCACGACUUUAUUACAAAAUUGCCGAAGAGUUACGAAACUCUUGUCGGAGAACGUGGCGCGCAGUUGUCAGGGGGACAGAAACAGCGCGUUGCCAUUGCACGUGCGCUUAUUCGGGACCCCAAAAUCUUGCUCCUAGACGAGGCUACAUCCGCGCUUGAUACGGAGAGCGAGAGGGUCGUUCAGGAUGCGCUAGAUAAGGCAAGACAGGGCCGCACGACGAUCGUUAUUGCCCAUCGCUUGUCUACAAUCCAAAAUGCUGACGUCAUUUACGUCGUAGAAGAUGGCGUCAUAGUUGAAAGCGGACGUCAUGCAGACCUAAUGUCACAGAAGGGGGCUUACUAUCAGUUGGUAACGGUGCAGAUGUUGGUGGAGGAGGGAGAUAAUGGAGAUGAAGAUGACUUUCUAGGGGAGGAAGCUCAAGACAUUGUUGAGAACGGUGUUCCCAGGAAGCGCACACUGUCGGGAGGAGAUGGUAAGGUGAAGAAGCAGGUUUCCCGCCAAAUCUCCAAACAACUCUCGAAGGUCAAGGAGGAGAAGGAGAAGGAAGAAGUUGAACAGGAGACGGCGCCGAAGUCCGGUUUCUGCUCGAUGUUACGUGAAAACCGGAAGGAGUGGCCGCUCAUCGUCCUUGGAUGCAUUGCCGCCGCAGUCAACGGCGCCACUAUGCCCGUGUUCGCCGUAUUCUUUAGUGAGAUGAUUAAGGUGUUCAUUAACAGAGGCGAAAACGGUCUUUUCUGGAGUAUGAUGUUUCUAGUCCUCGGUGGAACACAGUUUCUGACCCUCACAAUACAGACGGUGAGUUUCGGCUACUCCGGUGAGACCCUUACGAAGCGUUUACGUCUGAAGACGUUUAAUGCCUUCCUGCGUCAAGACGUCGCCUACUUUGACGACGCGAAACAUUCCACUGGGGCUCUCACCACGCGGCUUGCAACUGACGCCUCCCUUGUGAAAAAUGCAACAGGUAUCCGAAUAGCCACAGUGCUACAGUCUCUUGUGGGUAUGGUGGCGGCUCUUACCAUCUCUUUCAUCUACGGCUGGCAGCUUGCCCUAGUGGUGCUCGGAGGGGUUCCGCUUAUGGUUGCAGCAGGCGCUAUCCAGUUAAAGACCGUUAUGGGUACACAGAAAAAAGACAACGUGGAUCUAGAACUGGCAGGAAAGACGGCUUCCGAAUCUAUUGAAAAUGUCCGCACUGUGCAAGCCUUAAGCAGAGAGCCAGAGUUCUACACUAAAUAUACCAGUUACCUCGAGACACCAUACAGGACCAAACUUCGUAUGACGCAACUGCAGGCAUUUGGGUUCGGGUUUUCUUCGGGUAUUGUGUUCUUCCUGUAUGCUGGUUGCUUCCGGUUUGGGGCCUACAUGGUCACCCUUGGCCAGAUGCAGCCCGAUGAUGUAUUCAAGGUUUUCUUUGCGAUCGCGUUCACCGGCCUUGUCCUUGGACAGGUAAGCUCCUUCCUGCCGGACUACUCCAAGGCGGCGACUGCCGGUGGGAUGAUAUUCAAGAUUCUCGACACAAUCCCAGCCAUAGACGUGUCGUCGGAAAGGGGCCAGUACCUGUCCGAUACAUCAGGGAACGUCGAAUUCAGGGGCAUCCAAUUCCGGUACCCCACGCGACCGGAUGUUGAGGUCCUUAAAGGGAUCAACAUAAGUGUUAAAGCAGGUCAGACUGUGGCCCUUGUUGGACCGAGCGGAUGUGGGAAGUCCACCGUUGUCUCCCUUCUACAGAGAUACUACGACCCACAGCAGGGCUCUAUAGAAGUAGACGGAACAAACAUCAAAGACGUAAAUAUCAAGCGUCUACGAUUCCUGAUCAGUGUUGUAAGCCAGGAACCAAUCCUGUUUGACUGCAGCAUUCGAGAAAACAUUCUAUACGGGCUGGAUGUGGCUUCAUAUGGAAUGGAUGACGUCAUUUCCGCCGCACGGUCUGCAAAUAUCCAUGAAUAUAUCGCAUCAUUGCCAGAGGGCUAUGAUACGGUGGUAGGCGAGAAGGGGACCCAGUUGUCUGGGGGACAGAAACAACGGGUGGCCAUUGCCCGAGCCCUCAUUCGCAAUCCCAGAAUUCUUCUGUUGGAUGAAGCCACUUCCGCUUUGGAUACGGAGAGCGAAAAGGUGGUGCAAGCGGCCUUAGACAAUGCCCAGAAGGGCCGAACGUGUAUUGUGAUAGCCCACCGCCUAUCAACCGUGCAAAACGCAGACUAUAUUUACGUAAUUGACGCCGGAAACGUGGUUGAGAGCGGGAACCACCACCAGUUACUGAGCCGGAAAGGAGUUUACGCCCAGUUGGUCUCCGGCCAACAGUUAGCGAAAUGAUAAUGUUUAUAUUUAGAAAAAGUGUUUUAGUUUUGAAUUUAGGAGUUUGUAGACAUUUGCAUUCAUACAUUAUUUUAUUCAUUAUAAUUGUGUUACUUAUUAACACUAGAGUGAUAAAGUAGAAAGCUUGCGCAAAACGCUACUUAUUCGGGUACGUGUAAAUGUGAACUACUUUUUGUGCACUACGUCAUCAAGGAAUGUGUACAUUGAACAAAUUUUGAAUAACAUGUACGAUAGCACGAGGAAAGUUGUUAAUGCGACAACAGCGAGUGUACUAAUCGGAACUCCUCGGCCAUUUUCCAUCGAAAACAACAUUGGAUGUUUGCUGGUACAUCAGUUAUUCAUAACACUUUAAAUUUAGUAUUAGGUAAUUAUAUUGAUUUAUCGUUUCUUUUGUAUUACUAAGUUUUAAUUGAUUUCCCGUGAAGUAUAUUAUUGCAUAAAUUAUUAAGAUUCCCAAGAGGUAAGUCAUUAAAAUUAACUGCUCAAUUGAAAUUACUACGCGAUCUACUUGCAGCGUAGUGUUAAGAUCUCUGACAUUGUAAACCGUUCAUAUACAUCCAAGGUUGUUUUCGAUUGAAACUGGCCGCGGUGUUCCGAAUGCGAGUCUACAAGUACAAGUUUUAAAAAGUUAAUUUGCAAACCAUUCUAAAUAAUGGCCACACUUCUAUGUAAGUAUAGCUACACGCCGUGUUCCGCAACCUCUUCAAUGUUAUUUGUAUUCAAGCUAGUAUUUUACCUAAAAUGUUUUUUCUGUACGGUAAUUUGUACUUUUAAAUCAACGACUGCCCUGUGAAUGAUUUAAAGGCGCGGAAUAUAGAUUGAUGCAAAAUAGUUUUUAUUUUAUUUUAUUUUAAUGCAUUAUCAUGUUUAACUCAUUUGAUUUUAAUGAUCAAAACAGAAAUAGGAGAUGACUUAGGUACAAAUAAAAAAAUAUAAUCGAUAAAUGAGUAUUUUUUUAGCUGAGAUAUUUGUAGCUGCAUAGCUAUUAAUUGAAAACACAACAUUUAUAGAGGUAUUUAUAAAGGUUCAUAUUGUUUAAUCUGUUUAAUCAAUUUUGCCUGCGAAAAAAAGAUUUUUGAUAUUUAAAAAUAUUUUUUAAUCGCGUUUGUAAUUUUAGAAAUAAUUGCUGUGAUACCUUUUCGAAAUGCAAAAGAACAUCAUAUUUUCGUUUUUUUUUUACAUACGAAUAUAUUUGUUGGCUUGCCUCUGUAGUUUUUGUGAUUGUGUUACUGCUUACAGUGUACAUUUUGUUUUACAUAAACAUUUCAUAUAUGUUUUUUUUCCAAUUUAAUGCAAAUAGGUAAUUAGUUGUCUCGAAAUAAAUUGAGAUAAACAAUGUAUUCACAUUUUCUUUUUGGUGCCCUUGGGUUACAUGACAUUUAACAAACCUGUACCAAAAUGCCGACAUUUAAAGCAUUGGUCUUUUACUUCUAUGCCAGCAUUUUACUUACCCACUUAAACGUAAAGCAAUAGUAUUUUUCUUCUAUGUCAGCAUUUCACAUACCCACUAACAUGGAAAGCAUUGGUCCUUUCCAUCUAUGACAGCAUUUUACUUACCCACUUAAAUGUAAAACAUUGGACUUUUACUUCUUUGUCAGCAUUUUACUUACCCACUUAAAUGUGAAACAUUGGACUUUUACCUCUAUGUCAGCAUUUUACUUACCCACUUAAAUGUAAAACAUUGGACUUUUACUUCUUUGUCAGCAUUUUACUUACCCACUUAAAUGUAAAACAUUGGACUUUUACUUCUUUGUCAGCAUUUUACUUACCCACUUAAAUGUAAAACAUUGGACUUUUACUUCUAUGUCAGCAUUUUACUUACCCACUUAAAUGUAAAACAUUGGACUUUUACUUCUAUGCCAGCAUUUUACCUACCCACUUAAAUGUAAAACAUUGGACUUUUACUUCUAUGUCAGCAUUUUACUUACCCACUUAAAUGUAAAACAUUGGACUUUUACUUCUAUGCCAGCAUUUUACUUACCCACUUAAAAGUAAAACAUUGGACUUUUACUUCCAUGCCAGCAUUUCACAUACCUACUGACAUGUAAAUCAUUGGGCCUUUACUGCUGUUGCACCAUUUUACAUACCAAUUAACAUGUACAGCAUUGGUUCUUUACUUAUAUGCCAGCAUUUCACAUACCUACUGAAUUGAGACGCAACAGUUCUUUACUUCCAUACCAGCGUUUUACAAACUUACUGAUAUGUUAAACAUUGAUCCUUUACGUCUUUGCCAGCCUUUAUCAUAGCUACUAAAACAUGACGCAUUGGUUCUUUACUUCAAUACCAGCAUUUUACGCGUUGGUCUUCAACUUCAAUACCAGCAUUUUACGCAUUGGUCUUUAACUGAAUUACCAGCAUUUUACACAUUGGUCUUUAACUUCAAUACCAGCAUUUUACGCAUUGGUCCUUUACUUCUAUUUCCGCAUUUUACAAACCGACCUACAUAUAAGCCGUUGGUUUGAGUGUUAUCUUAUAGAAGCAUGACUGAUCGUUGAGAUGGCUAAUAGUCAAUGUAAUUAUAAACAAAACAUGGCAUUGACAAAACGGUUAGAAUUAUGUUUACAAAGAUAUUUUUGUUACUUUGUGUUUUUGAUGGCUUUUCUAAUACUGUUUGAUGCCAUUUUAUAUGUUUUGUAUUGAUUGUGUGACGUUUGAAAUAAACCAUAUUAUACAAUAUUUGCGUGUUAGUACAUGAUAUAUGCAUGCUUAAAGGGAUUCGUUCAUAGUUUGUUAAUUUUUUUUUUUCAAGAUAUUUUUACCACGACUUAAAGUGUAGCAAAUCAUUGGUGUUAAAACAAAGAUACUGAAGGCUUGGACCCUUCAACAAAUGCUGAUAGAUCCGCAAAUAUUGUCUUUGAAGAUCACGAAUUUUACGUCAGCAACGCAAUUCGCCGAAGAGUUGUUUCGUGAUUGGCUGAUCAAAUUAUCACUUUAUGUUACCAAUGUCUUUGAUGAAGGUUAAAAUAUCAAUCCGAUGUGGUACCAAUCUUUGUGGCCGAGUGGUGUAGGUUUCGGAUUUCUAAUUUUUUCUUCCACUAUACCGGUAUGGGUUAGCUUCCCACUAAAACUGGAAUAUUGUUUAAUACUUUAAUUGUAUUGUGUCACCAAUUUCAGUAUGAAAGAGUUAUCUUUUUAUAAUAUAAGUGUUUUCAGAUGCCUUUUCUUGAAAAUUAAUUCUUGGUCCAAAACACGAGCGAGUCCCUUGACACAUUCAACAGGUAAUUGCAAGACUAUUUAUUAAUUGGUCCAUGUCGGUUGAAUUGUUUGCAUACGCAAAUAACAGAAUUGUUUAUUUUAAAAUUGUUACAGCAAGGUAAAUUAUUAAUUUUAAAUGUCAAAAAUUGCAUUUUUAUUGUUCAAGUAGAAUUUGAGUUACCUAGGAAUACAUAAUUCAUGUUAUAUUCAUUUCGUUGUCCUGAAAAUGGUUAACGAUUUUCACUAUGUCAUAACAUUGAAGAUUUAAAUUUAUAUCAUGAUAUGUGCUAAACUGUUCAACUAGGCAAAGUAUGUGCAUAUUUGUGUACUGAUAGAGAUCGUUUUGUUUUAUGAAAUAGUGUAAAACAUGUUAAUAAAGUAUUGUUAUCACGAACAAAGCGGUUUUACAUAAUAUAUUUAACGUACUGAAAUGCAUAUGUUGUCAAAAAGAAAAUAUAUAGAAUAAAUCUAUAACAUAG